AUGGAUGAUCCAAGAUAUGAAGAUGAGGUGAACUCAGAGGAUGCAUUGACUGAAGACGAAACAGAUGCUUUAGCAGAUCUCCAAAAGGAAUUCGAAUUGAGGGCACAGGAUAUACGAGAAAAGUAUGAACAAUCACGUAAACAAAAGACUCACAAUCCAAUGUUGUUUGAGAAUGAUGAAAAGAAACGUCGAGUUGAAGUAUCAGGGACACCUCCACCUUCACCUAAGGGUAAAGAGAAACCAAAGCCCAUAUAUAAAACUUCUGCUCAUGAUGAUAUAGAUGAUUCAACACCUAUAUCGAUGCCUAAGAAACCAGAAGUUAAACCAUCAAAUUUUAUUCAAAAUUUAGAAGAUAUGAGUUUUAAGAUGAGAGCUGCUAAGGCAAUGUCAGUAGAUUAUUCAUUAAGAAAGUUUUCAUUUGAAGAUUAUCAUACGAUUGUACCUGGUAAUUCCGAAGUUAAUGAAAUUGAACCUGUUUCUCAUAUCAAAUUACGUAAACGAUUUAUACAGAAUGAUACCAUGAAGUCCAUUGUCAAAAAGACUGAUCCAGCUAUGAAAUUUCUUAACGUUGCCAAAUUCUUAGCUAAACUGAAUAACACUAAUAAUUAUGAAGAACCACCUUAUAGUAAUUGGUGUUUUAUGGGGAUAAUAAUCAAUAAAUCUGAUCCCAUGAAUACUAAAGUACGUGAAGAUGAAUCUCACAAAUAUAAAAACCAACAAUCUUCUAAAUAUAUGAAACUUUCAGUAGGAGAUUUCAAUCAUACUAUAGAUGUUUACUUAUUUGGUAAAUCCUUUGAAGAAUAUUGGAAAUUGAGUGUUGGGAGUGUUGUAUUCAUUUUAAACCCCAUAAUUCUGAAAGUAGAUAGUAUAAAAGGUUAUAUGUCCAAAGUCAAUGGAGUAGGAUUUACAUUGAAAUUAGAUGACAAUUCGGUAGGAAGUAUCUUAGAAAUGGGUAUCGCUAAGAGUCUUGGAUAUUGUACAUAUUCAACUCAAGAAUGUCGAACUGUGAUUGAUAUUUCUAAGACUGAUGUAUGCGAUUUUCAUUAUGACUUGAAAUUUAGGAAAAGUCUGAGUAAAAGAAUGGAAUUAAAUGGGUCAGUUCAAAUGAAAUCUCCUCAAAAAGUUAAACAAUCUGUAUAUAUGGGAAAGGGAGGAACUUCAAAUGAUGCUUACAGGACAUUUCUUGUUGAUUCCACUCCUACUUAUAAAAAUGAAGGCGGUAAACUUGAUAAGAGUCUUUAUUUCGAUUCAAAUAUUCUUGAUUAUCAAGGUAAGAAACGGAAAUUUCAAGACGAGAGAGCUAAUAAAUCACUUGAGAAGAAACUUUCGAAAUUAGGUCAGAGUAGUCAAAUGAUUUCUAAUUUGAAAUUAUUCAAGAAUGCUAAACCAUCAGCUCCACCAACUAUAGAGAAGGAAAAGGCAUUUUCGAAUGUUAUGAUUCAAGAUCUUGGGUUUGAUCCUACAUAUUCAGAAUCUACAGAACUUCAAAGAUCUAAAGGGAAGGAAGUUAAACGAUUACAAGAGUUGAAUCAAAUCAGUUUGGAUAAGUCUAAAGAUCGGAAUUUGACAAGUUCAACCGAAGACAUCCAAUCAAAGAAAAUGAAAUGGAAGGAGAAUUUUCAUACUUUGAAAGAUUAUAAACAAAGUAUGACUAACAAGUUGGGUGGAAGGUAUAUCAAUGCGGUGGAUAAUGUUAAGCUGAAGAAACAGUUUUUAUUAUCCCCAAAGCGACAUAAGAAAAAUAAAGUCCAAGAUGAUGAAGAGAUGAUUAAUAGUGAUGACGAUGAUGAUGAUAUUGAUAUUGAUUUUGGAAGUGAAGCUACCAGAAAGGCAUAUGAGAAGAUCAAAGGGUGA